AAUUUCCUCCUCGUGUUUUGUGGAAAUCAAAUUCUUGGCCUAAAAAAUCUAAAUCUAAUUCCGUCUCCGUACAGAACCCAAGUCAAAACUUCACAGCUCAUUUUCACUUCCAAUUUCCAAAUCUGUAAUAAUCCCUCUGCGGUUUUCAUCAAAUCUAACACCGACUUGCUUUAAAAUCCUCUAAAUCCCAGAUCCAAACAAGGGGAAAAAGAAAAAGAAAAAAAAAAAGAAAAAAAGAUCCACAAUUUACGCGUGUGCUGCAGUGGCCAAGCACUGAAGCAAAAAAACUUCUCCAAGCUAAAGCUUCUUCUUUUCAAUGGCGAUUCAUCUUGAAGGCAAGCUCUUUUUGCUCUUUUUUCUUUUCCUUUUAGCUUCUCCACAUGCUUCUAGGGUUUUCGUGAACUCUAACUCGGUCUCGAUCGAAGACGAGAACGAGAACAAAAACGAUCCUCACGUUGAACCCAAAACUGAAAGUUCAAGCUAUUCCGAUCAACAACUACUACUGUUACAAAAACUGGAUGAAAUAGUGAGGAACCUUAGUGAAAUAGUUAGCAGAUUAGAAUCGAAGAUCUCGGAGCCAUCCAAAGAACCGUUUAGUAAUAAAAAGGGAAAGAUUAAGGAAGCGAAAGAAGAGGCCUCCGAGGGUAGAAUUCCAGAAGAGAAAGAGAGAGCGAGGACCGCUUCGGUUGCAAAGUACAGCCCGUUUUGGUCGGAGAAGUUUCAGUUCGUGUCGGCUGUGAAACUGGACUCGGUAGCGACUUGUAUUAACGUUUUGCCAUUUCGGGAUUACGAAGGACAGAGCAAAUACGUUGCUGUUGGGGAUGAUAAGGGGAGGCUCUAUGUGUUCUUGAAAAAUGGGGAUGUCGCGGUUGAAUAUCAAACCACAUCGGACUCCCCCAUUACAGCUAUUGUUUCCUACUUGUCAGUCUAUAAGAAUGAGAGUUUUGUUGUCACUGGGCAUAAGAAUGGUGCAAUUUUUAUGCAUCGGGUUUGGGAAGGAUCAAGUAGUGAAGAAUGGAGUUCGCUUUUAAUGGAAUAUGUGGGUGAAUUUGUGUCAGAUAAUAAUGGGUCCGAGAUAACUAUCUUGGACGUGCAUCAUUUGGGAAGGAUAAGGUACAUAUUGGCUACUGAUGUUGAUGGAAAAAUUAGUGUUUUUACAGAGAAAGGAGCUGUUUACGGUUCGAUCAGGCCGUCGAGUAAGCCGCUUGCUUUCUUGAAGCAGAGGCUUCUCUUUUUGACUGAGACUGGCGCAGGGUCAUUGGAUUUGAGGAGCAUGAAAGUUAGGGAAUCUGGUUGCGAAGGGUUGAAUCAUUCUCGUGCUCAGAAUUAUGUUUUCGAUGCAAUAGAACGGUCGAAAGCAUAUGGUUUUACAUCAGAAGGUGAUCUGAUUCAUGUAUUGCUCUUGGGGGAUAUAAUGAACUUCAAAUGCAGGGUUAGAUCUAAGAAGAAGUCCGACAUGGUUGAACCUCUUGCUUUUCAGGCCAUAAAGGGGUAUUUGCUUAUUGUCAGUGAGGAUAAAGUUUUUGUUUUCAAUGUUUCAACUCAGCACUAUGUUAGGGUUGGUGCUCCCCGAAGUAUUUUCUCUGCUGGUCUUGAUGAGAUCAGAUCAUCAUUCUUGAAUUAUCAGACCGGGGAUGUAGAUGCAGAGACAAGACAGACCAUACCCUUGAUAGCGAGUGACCGUGAAAAACUCAUUGUUCUUGGCCUCGGUGGUGGGUAUGUGGGAAUGUAUCGCUCUAACCUUCCAGUAUUUAAAGGGGAAUCCAAUACUGUGCUAUGGACCAGCCCUGUUUUGUUCUUUAUACUUUUUCUGUUUGGAGCAUGGCAUUUUUUUGCUCAGAAGAAGGACGCACUUACUUCAUGGGGACCAGAUGAUCCGUUCAGUUCGACAACACCUACGGCCGCAGCACCCUUGGGAGGAACUAGUACAGCCUCCGGAGAGAGAUCUUUUAUUGACCCUUCUUCAAGAAAUCCUGAUAUGAUGGAUCUUAGAAGUGGUGGUCUAAGAGGUCCAUCAAGAAGGUAUGUUUCUCCACCAAGAUAUUCUGGUGGAACAACCAAUUCCUAUAGGCCAGCUUCUACUGAGCAUAACUCCAGACCAGCUUCUGUUGAUCCUAAUUUUAGAGCCCCUUCAGAGCUAAAAUUUAGGGGUUCAACUUUGGAACCUUCAGGUUUUUCUAAACGAAGAGAUCUGUUUGUAAACAAUCAAGGCGUGGAUGAGAGCAGCUGACUUCUAUGUACUUUUUACUUCGGGAGUUCUAGUUCUUUUGAGAAUUUUAUUUUUUGUCUUCCAACUUUAAAACGUUCAUUUGGCAUUUUAGGGCCAUUUGAAUUUCCAAUGGUUGUAUCUGUAAACUGUUAUCGCAUAAGAAAUAAAACCAUAAGAAAGAAUUCCUUGGAUAGACCUUUAAA